AUGCUUUUUCACCGACAGAGCGGGGCCAUCAGAAAGGCGGGGUGGCUGGUGGUGAAGAAUUGGUUGAUUCACAGGAAAAGGAAGUUAGAGCUGGCCCCGCGGAGGAAGUGGAAGAGGUACUGGGUGUGUCUGAAGGGGACAGUACUGCUGUUCUAUGACUGUAGUGAGGAGACGGCCAUAACAGAAGACAGCAUACCACGGCAUAUACUGGUGAUAGAGGGCGCCAUAGCACAAGCAGUACCCGAACAUCCAAAACGGGACAACAUCUUCUCAGUCAGCACUGCGUUUGGAGAUGCCUAUUUGUUUGAGGCGACGUCCCCAAUGGAACAGGAGAGCUGGAUCUGUGCUGUUCACUCGGCCUGCGCUUCGUCAUUUGCUCGGCAACAUGGAAAGGAUAACACAUUACGACUGAUGAAGAGGGAACUUCACAAACUGGAAACCAACAUUGACGUCGACCUAAAGAUGAGGAAAAUGGCAGAACUUCAGUUGACGGUCGUCACGGAUCCCAGAAGUCGACAGGCCAUUAUCAGACAGAUCGGCCAAUGGGAGGAAAAUCUGGAAAAGCUAUUUAUAGAACAGUAUCGCUUCCGCUGUUACAUAGCCUCGCUCCAGGGAACGGAACUUCCCAACCCCAAGGUUCUGCUGGGCAGUGCCUCCAAGACAACCAAGUCCAGUCUGGGUCGUCUGGGUGUUUUUACCGUGACAUCCUUUCAUGCUCUGGUCGCGGCCAGGAAACCCCUGACUGUCCCCAACAUUUACGGACGGGGGAAACACCAGGGGGGAAUGUUGUCACCGAAGGGUGAUGGGACGUUCAGGUAUCACCGGCGUACGAUACACAACCAUAGCCCUGACACACAUAUGGUGUAUAAGGCCACAGAUAUAGAUGAAGUGGUGGCUGAUCUUUACAUGGACAGUCCCGAAAAUCUGUCAACCGUGUCAGAUGGGGGAUCGCUAGCGGAGACAGUCGCGCUGCCGAAUAAUCAGACUCUGCUGAUUAAGGUGAACAAACAGAGCACGGCCCAGGAUCUUCUGGAAUCGGUCUGUAACCAACGGCAAUUAGACCCCCAAGAUCACUACGUACGGAUUACACAAUCUGACACGCCCCCCAAUACCUACAUAGUGCUGGAUCCCAAAGAUAACAUUAAAAAUAUGAAGUACGAGUCUAUAGAAGUCUGUCAGAAGUCCGUGGUACAGCUACACCUCAUGAAGUCCCCGGGGGACACAGAGUUCGGCUUCACGGUAGAGGCGGAGCUCGCCGAGGACUUUGAUAAAGACGACGAACUUCGACUGUAUGUCAGUCAAGUCACCCCAGGAAGUGUGGCACACAGAAGUCAGAUGAGUAUAGGAGAUGAGAUUCUAGUCAUUAACAGUAAAAUUGUCUCAGACCUGGACAUGGUGUACAUUGAGACGCUCCUACAUGAGUCUAAGUCCUUAGUCAUCACGGUCCGAUCCCUGAGGACCAAUCACAGCCAGGCAGCUGUAACCGGCAGCCAAUCAGAAAUCAGCAGUAUGAUGUGCCCUCCGCCCCCCUCACAGUCACGUAUCCCAGAAAACAUCAUCGAAAAUCUCACCGUGCCAUCUCCUCAAGAAAGUUGUUCUCCAGAUGAAGUCGAUUGUCUCAGAAAACCUGGUUCCUUGCCUGACUUGGCUGGUUCUCAGAUUGAUCAACUGCUUAAGAAUGCAGAGCAGGUGACAUCAAUUUGUCGGACGGAGAGUGAACCUAACGUUCUAGAUGGUCACGUCCAUCAAAACUCCAAAUCACUGUCCGAGGCUCAGAAACUACGUAAAGUUAUCAUGGAACUCAUAGAGACAGAGAGGGCAUAUGUCAAGGACCUGAAUUGCCUGACAGAGCAGUACCUGAUCCCGCUGCAGUCGGCGACCUUUUUGACCUCAGGGGAGAUUCAGCAGCUGUUCGGGAACAUUCAGGAGAUUGUGGCAUUCCAGCGGCAGUUCCUGAUCAGUCUUGAGGAAGCCAUACAGCUACAGGGGGAGUUCUUCCAGACCGAGGAUCCCAAGGUCUUUAGGGAUCUUGAACUCAGGAGAGUGCUGUUUUCCUUGGGAGGUUCAUUUUUAUAUUACGCCAACCACUUCAAGGUGUACAGUUCAUUCUGUGCCAGCCAUAGCCGGACUCAGAAAAUACUUAAUCCAGUGGCAAACGAUGCCCUGAAGGCGUUCCUUCACGCUCGGAAUCCAGAACAGCAGCACUCGGCCACCCUGGAGUCAUACCUCAUCAAACCUAUACAGAGAAUCCUUAAGUACCCGCUACUGCUUCAACAGCUGUGUAACCUGACGGACCCAGACACGGACGAACAUCAUCACCUGUCAGAGGCCAACAAAGGAAUGGAGGCUGUUGCAGAACACAUUAACGAGAUGCAGAAGAUCUUUGAGGAAUACGGGACAGUGUUUGAUGAGCUCUGUAAAGUGUUCAGGGACACAUACCCACACAAAAAGGCUGUAGAUUUGAGUGUGGGGGAGUUACAGAUGUAUGGAACCGUGGAAUGGUGUAACCUCUGUGACAGUUUGGGAAAAAUCAAGAAAGGCCUGGACCUAGAGAACAUUGUGUUUGUGUUCAGGUCCGGUGUCGUCUUCGUCUGCAGAGAGAAAAUAAAAAAGAAAGUCAAAACAAAGGACAAGAAAGGGGUGGCAGAAGUAUACGAGUGCCAGGAGAGAUUCCGAACUGUAAUUCCAGUACAGGAAGUUCAGGUGCAGUCUGGGAAGGUUGGAGACAUGGACGGCCAUUACUGGUGGGACCUGAUUCACAGUCGCUCUGACAAGGAGGGGCGCCCCGAGAGGGUGUACGAAUUCUGUAACAGUUCUGCAGAAGCCAAGUCUGAUUUUAUGAAGGUGAUUCGUCAAACAAUACGUGAGAGUGUGCGGAAGAUGGCGCUGCCUAACGGAAACCAGACGCAGAAUUCUUAUGUUCCAUACGGAGGGAAGCGGUUAGAGUCCCUCAACUCCAACAUUCGAACACUCAGCAAGAAAAGGGGAGGUAAACCUAGCCAAAGCAGUGAACCCGACCGCCAUUCCCUGGAGUUCGAGGAAAAAGUGACGGUUUAUCUCGAGCAAUCAGAACCCACAUUCAGAACCAGGAGUAAGACUCUGGGGGAUCUGACGGAUGAAAACAGUCUAGAAGAGGCGGGGCCAGUAAGUAGACCCGCCCACUUGACAGUUGAUGGCUCCGCCCACUUAACAGUUGAUGGCUCUGCCCACUUGACUACUGACAGACAGAGCGUUAGUUCAUCUACAUCAAGUCUCAGUGUCUCUAGUCGUAACUCAGCCAAACUCACACAGGCCAGCGCGAACCCCGGACAAUUCUCCUCCAAUCUCCCCCAGGAAACUAAUUCACCUAUCUGGAAACCAAGAAACGAGUCUAAUUUAGUCUAUGUGAAAACUAACCCCUCCCCUAGUUCUGUCAUGAAUUCUAGUCUUGUGUCUAAUGUUAACAGUGAUAGAUUGAGUAUAGUGCAACGUAGAAGCAUAAAAGACACACCCAUUUCCUUACCUUCAGUCCCACUGAAAGACACUGAGUGCUGAAAUUAGCAUAUCAUGUUUCAUAUUCAUGAGUUUGGUUGAUUUGCAUAACAUGUUGCAUAUUCAUGAUUUUGCUAAAUUUGUAAUUGUGUCAAUCAAAUUGUUGUUUGUUUUUUUUUUAAAUUCAUUUAAACUUCAGUAGAUAAAACAAGAUGA